AUGGCAGCUGCAGCGCGCACACAUCUCGCGUUCCACCAUAAUGCAAAGCUAUUUCGCCUCAAGACGUCGAUAGUCUCGACCCGCCCGUACUCAGCUCUCGAAGAGGCCAAUCGGCAGCUUUUCAAGGAUGGCAGCGACGAGGACCACGUCGUCGUCACGGCCGAGACAAUCUUCCACCCGCAAGGCGGCGGCCAGCCCUCGGACCAGGGCACCAUGAGCGCCGGCGCCGCCACCAACGGCGACGCUUCGUCGGCACCACCAUCCUUCGAGGUCCGCGCCGUCCGCAUGGACCUUGUCAACGACGGCCAGGUGCUGCACGUGGGCCGCUUUGCCUCCGCCGCCGCGGCCGCUGGCUUCCAACAGCCCGGCGCGGCUGUUGAGCAGGCCAUUGACGCCGAGAAGCGCGUCUUCUACUCGCGCCUGCACACGGCCGGCCACGUCCUCGGCGCCGCCGUCCGCCACCUGGUCAUGGACAAGGUCGAGGGUUUUGACGAGCUCAAGGCCUCGCACUUUCCGGAUAGCGCAGGCUGCGAGUUUCGCGGCACCAUUGACGGCGCGUGGAAGCCCGCCAUCCAGAAACAGGUCGACGAGUACAUUGCCCGGGCCAUGCCCGUCGAGAUUGAUUUUUGGGACGCCGGCGACUUUCAGCGCGCCGGCCUGUCCCGGCUCAUCCCGGACAGCAGCUUCCUGGCGCCGGGCGAGACCAAGUUUCGCGUCGUCAAGAUUGUCGGCGCAGAGGUGUAUCCGUGUGGCGGCACGCACGUCGACACCACGGAUCUGUGCGGGGAGACGACGGUGCGCAAAAUUACAAGAAGCAAGGGUAUUAGCCGCGUGAGCUAUGCCGUGAAACCUUGA